AUGCCCGUUGCAGUAUGGAUCCCAGACGAACAGGCAUCGUCUUGCCACUGUUGUCAAGCCACGUUCUCCUUAUUCAACAGACGUCAUCAUUGCCGCAAAUGUGGCAAUGUUGUAUGCAACUCAUGUUCAACGACCCGCACUCGAUAUCCACCCAACACCUACGUUGUGUCGCCUCCAUCACAGAUAUUUCUAGAGUCUCCACAUGUGCCCCAUCGAACCUGUGACGGCUGUGUAGAGGGUUUGAGUGAAUGGCUACAAAAUGAGGCUAGACGAGAGAGAGCUUUGGCACAAGACGAUCAGGCGGAAAACUCUUCUCAAGAAGUGGUUGAUCAGCCUGAGGCGACGCGGGCUAACUAUGGGUCCUGGAGGAACUGGUUCGGAGGUGGAGAAAUAAACGACAGGCCCACGCAAGUUGGUUCUAGUCCAACUACAGAAGCUACACGGGAUAUGCAACCUGCAGAGCCACAAUCCCCUCCCUCAGACAAUGAUUUCUGUCCUGUGUGUGGCAGAUCCAUCAAGAAAAUGUCAACAGGUCAACGUGAAAUCCACAUUGAGGAGUGCCUCAACUCUGCAUUCGUCGGUUCCCCCACACCACCUGUGCGUCUUAUUGUGUACAGUCUGGCUAUGAAAGAUGAAGUUGACUAUGGUGAAUGUGUUAUCUGUUUUGAAGAUUUCGAAGGAGGUGACAGGGUGGUGCGACUGGAUUGUCUGUGUCUGUACCAUGAACAUUGCAUCAAGGGGUGGUUCAAGAAGAAGCAAGCGAGAGACUGUCCUGUCCAUGCUGUACAUGAGUGA